AUGGACCGGUGUAAUGCUGCAAGCUCCAACCCAGUUUGGUUUGAACUCGGUGCCUGUGCAGCAUUCGAUGGAUUCGUCUGGCCGCACCCAACAGCAGCUCCGGUGAGCGUAUCGUCGACCGCCGAAUUGUAUGCAGCACCGCAGUUCGGGUCGCUGUCAAACGUCAGUGCCUUCGUUGAGAUCACCUGCUCCACAGCGACCGUUGCAGCUGUAGCUGUAGCAGACAUCAGCAUCGACCCGUGUUGCAAAGUUCAGAGCAGAUACGUAGACAUACUCUCCGCCAUUGGCACUAUUUGUGCCAAAGUUGCUUCCUACAGUGCCGCUCCAGGUGCAAGCUUGGCCUGCUGA